GGGAUCACAGUGGGGGGCUGACGUCCCCGGUACUGCGGGCAAAAUGAAUGAAUCGGGACUGUAAUUACCUAUUCCUUUGUCUUGGCCUCGCGCAUGCGCCGGAGAGCAGGGUGUGGAGGGCCGGGGCAACCCCUUCUGAUCACCCUGAUCUCCCCAUCACGCACUCACCCACCCACCCCCUUCCAAAUCAGACGAACAAAGGCGUUUGCCCUAAAUGUUGUCUCAGGCGCGAUGCGCCCUUGGACACAAGUGACAGUUCCCCACCCCCCACCCCCCAGCCUGUUCUUUUUCGAGACCAUCUCUCAUCUUUUGCUUUCUUGGGGAUUUGGACGCACAAAAAAUGAGAUUAGCCUCUGAUGAGGGCCAACUGGAUAAAUGUUUCUUGGGCGCACACGCCCCUGCGCUCCCCAGCGCUGCCCAUUGUUCCUGUUCUGUAACAUUGCACUGCAGUGAUGGCGGCUCUUCAUUUGCAUCCAUUAACCGUUUGUCUGACAGAUCUUUGCUGCUGGCCACUUGAUUAAGGGACACUGGUCCCCAGAACGACCGUGGAGCUCCAAGAUGGGCGGCAAGCUGAGCAAGAAGAAGAAGGGGUACAAUGUGAACGACGAGAAGGCCAAGGACAAGGACAAGAAGGCGGAGGGCGCGGGCACGGAGGAGGAGGGAACCCCGAAGGAGAACGAGGCCCCGGCGGCGGCCGAGCCCGCGGAGGCGAAGGAGGCCAAGGGGGAGAAGCCGGACAAGGCGGCCCCGGAGGCCGCCAAAGCGCCUGAGGAGAAGGAAGGCGACAAAGACCCGGCGGCCGCCAAGGAAGAAGCCCCGAAGGCCGAGCCCGAGGCGGCCGAGGGCGCCGCUGAGGGGAAGCCGGAGCCCGCGAAGGAGCCCGCGCCGGAGCCGGCGGCCUCGGGCCCGGCCGCGGCGGGAGACGCGCCUCAGGCCCCGGAAGCGGAGGCCGCGGCCGAGCCCGCGGCGCCCAAGGCGGAGGAGCAGAGCCAGGAGGGCGGGGAACCCACAAAGACUGAGGCCCCCGCCGCGCCGGAGGCGAAAAGCGAUGGGGCCGCGGCUUCAGACUCAAAACCCGGCAGCGCCGAGGCCGCCGCCGCCGCCAAGGAGGCCCCGGCAGCCUCGGAGGCGCCCAGUUCCACGGCCAAGGCCCAGGCCCCCGCGGCGCCCGCGGACGAGCUUAAGGCCGCCGAGGCCCCGGCCGCUAACUCGGAGCAAACCGUGGCCGUGAAGGAGUAACAAGGACAGCCUGAGGGGAAACCAGCGGCCCAGCACCCGUCUCUCUCUCUCUGUCUCUCUCUCUCUGUCUCUCUCUCUCCUAUACUAACUUGUUUCGAAUUGGAAGUCAUGAUAUGUAUUGCCCAAGAAAAAGGAAAAAUUAAAAAAGAGGAUGUCCCAUCAAGGGAGGGAGGGGGUGGGGAGAAUCCAAAUAGUAUUUUUGUGGGGAAAUAUCUAAUAUACCUUCAGUCAACUCUGCCCAUCCGUCCUGGAUUCGAGAGCUCCAUGUCUGAAAGUCCGUACAUCCUUGUACCCGAACUGCUGCGACCUGCACGCCGCCACUCCGAGCCGAACCCCCGGGCUUCUCGGGGGAGCGAGGAGUGAGGUGUUCGAUUCUUGCCCACAGGGCCUGUGCCAAGGCAAUCACAUCUUCACGAAAGCAGUAUUUUCUGUGUUCUCCUUUUCAGUUACAGCCUUUCUUAUUUUGAUAUUUUUUUUAAUGUCCUGGAUGAAUGCCAACUUUCAGACAGCCCACUUAGCGUGUCCACAUGUAUCUCGAUGCCAAUACUCCAUUCUUCCUCCCCAGGUAUUUUUGGGAGUAAACAAACAUUCUCUCAUCCUACUUAGCCUCCCUAGAUUUCUCAUGACGAGUUAAUGCAUGUCCGUGGUUGGGUGCACCUGUAGUUCUGUUUAUUGGUCAGUGGAAAUGAAAAAAAAAAAAAGUCUGCGUUCAUUGCAGUUGCAGCUUCUCUUCCAUUCUGUGUCACAGACACCAACACACCACUCAUUGGAAAAUGGAAAUAAUAAAAAUAAAAAAAAAACAAAAAAAUGUACAAUGGAUGCAUUGAAAUUAUAUGUAAUUGUAUAAAUGGUGCAACAGUAAUAAAGUUAAACAAUUAAAAAGAAGUGAUAAAGACCGUUGGUUUUCCUUUACCACCUCCCCCUCUU